AUGCCGCCUCCAGCCAUCGCCAGCUCCCCGGCUGCCCCCCAAAGUCCAGAUGAUGGCCAGUUUCCCGUCAUAUAUUGGAAAAAAAGAUUUGACGCUCGACGCCUUUCUCCAUAUCCUGUUAUUGCGACUCUCGAUAUAGAGUAUAAUGAGCUUACCAAAGCCUGGAAGCGUCUCCAAGAGUUACUGCCUCUAUCAGAGCAGGUGCUCUUCAAAGAACGCCCACAAACUACCCAAGAUGUCCAAACCCUGGUCCGCGACAUUCAAGCAUCAUGGACCUCCAGUCCACAGAAGCAGUUAUUCAGUCAUUCGAUAACUCUUUGUGAUGCUUUUUCAUCUACGCUUGACGCCCAUAUGGCGCUGUUGAUGACUCUUCCUAGUCAUCAGUUUUAUUCUACUCUUCUCUGCGGCACUCUACAAUCCAUCAUCAAGGCGUCUUCAAGAUAUCCAAGGGUUAUAGGCGGAGUCAUGAAAGCCCUGGUCAAAGUGAAUCAGUCUAUCUGCCUGCCGGAAGAUAGCGAGCAUCAGCUCACCAGCGAUUCCAUACCGUCGAUAGCUUAUUUCUACUCCCUUCUCUUCUUCUUUAUCGGAGAAUUAAUGGACUGGUACGCCCGGCGAUUCAAGUGCCGACUGCUACAAAGCCGCCACGAAAACGUCUAUAUCGACUUUGGCAACCUAGUUUCGAGUAUACAAAAUAGUGCACGAGGGUUUAUGCACGCUUUUAAGGGUGUUAGAGAACUCAGUGAUAGUGACAUUGAGAUGGCAGAUACCGUAAUGCAGCACCCUGAUCUGUUCUUGUGGGAGGACGCGAGGUUGAGCCAGAUAGGCCGACGGAAUAUUGACAGGCGGCUUGCAGCCCAGAAUGCCCUAACUCGUCUUUUGAUAUGGGAAAUCCAGCAUAGCGCGGAACAGCGGCUAAAGCUGCGAGAGAACAGGGGUCAGCUUCUUUUACAACUGUUCAAUGAAGCGAGCCAGCGACUGCGGCCGGUUGGUGAACAGAAUAGCGCCAUCGUUUGCUUGACGACGGCGCCUGGUCAGGAUUUGCGUAAUAAGAAAGGACAUAAAACUGACAAAGGAUAUUUCCCAGUUGUGACUGCCGCGUCUCCAGAAAAGCACAAGCACAAAUACUCACGAGUGGAGCUACAGUCGGCCACAGCACAUCUCCAAGAGUACUUUGAUAAUGAUGAUCAGAUCCCCGAUUAUGAUCCCACCAUCGACAUAAUAGUGGAACAGACUGUUGUGGAAUCAUUAAAUCAGUGGGCCACCGGAAAUUAUUCUCAAGUCCUUGCCAUUGGCAACUUGUCGGAUGCCAAUGCAAGCCCCGUCGCUCUAAUAUCGGCCUUCUACGCCAACCUCGCACAAGACACCAAAGCCCCCAUCAUCGCCCACUUUUGCUCUCUCCCGCCGACAGCAAAGACUGGAAUGACUCUCUUCCAACAGGGUCUUAUAGCGCUUGUAUACAGCUUGAUACGCCAAUUACUAGAGUAUCUACCUCCAGUAGUGAACGGCUCGCCCGCCCAUACAGUCAAGGCCGAAAGCUUCGCGCUCCUGGACGGCACUCUGGCAUCGUGGAAGGAAGUGCUAUCGCUAAUUGACUCCUUACUCUACUAUGCACCGCCACUUCUGAUGUGCGUUGUGGACGGGCUAGACCGACUACAAGAUUUGUCAACGGACGAGUACAUCCGGUCGCUGAUCCGGAUUUUCGUGAGUCACACCAGAAGACCAUCCGAGUCAACACCUGGGACGCAGAGCAUCUUACUUAAAAUCCUGUUUACCGUCGCCAGACCACUCGACUUGCUGAACGAGACGUUGUCUGAAAACCCGCUUACCCUUACUGAAUCAAAUGCUAUUGAGCGAACCGCCCCAAAUACCCCCAUGCUCUGA